ACUUGACGCCAGCUAGCUAGGAGAGCUUUAAUGUGGACAACACUUAAUUGGAAAGUUAUUAUAAUUUCUGAUUCAUGUUCUUGUAGGUAUCUAAUAGAGUGGCUGCGGAAAAGAUCAGAAACUGAGUACAUAUACUUGAUUGCACAUUUGAAAAGGAUUACCAAUACCAAAGAUAAUUUUGCUCAGUGCCAUUUCCUGGACAGUAUUCUUGUAGCUCUGUGGUACAAACAUAAACACACAGCUUGUCAAAUAUGCCACAUAGAGGAAGAAGCAAUGACACUUCAAGACGAGGCUUAAAACGAUCUGCAAGUAAAGACCACCGUCAUGUGUCCAUUUUUGAUGUAGUUCCAUCUGAAGGGGAUUUUGCGACGACCUCAGACCCUGAUCAGCUGACUGCCUGCACUUCUCAGGAUGAAAUAAAGGAGGGUUUCACUGAAAGUCCCACAGCCCAGGAUCUGCUUUUGGCCAAGCUGGUGAAAGAUGGGGUGAUAGAGGAAGAAGACAGGCCUCAGUUCCACAAAGUUAUACAGGAUGCUAGAAGAUCUGGAGAUGCAGAAAGGCUGCUCAUCAUGCAUCUUGUUAAGUCAGGGAAGGUGCAAGUUGACAAAGCAGUGUCCUAUGCUGAAGAGCUGGGAUUGUCCCCCAAACCUGUGUCUGCCCCAGUGCAGAUGCCACAUUCAGGGGUUGUGCCAAGGCACCACAGUGGAACUGUUAUGGUGCCACAGCCUAAGGCAGAGGUGAAACUGGUGCACAACUUUGGCGUGUAUGUUUGGCAUGGCUCUAGAAACCUAGGCAAGAGGAUUGUACAGUUUGAUUUCCAAAACAACAUUUUGUGCUGCAUACAAAAGGGUAACGUCACCAAGAGACAUGACUUCACAGAGAUAACCAACUUUGAAAAUGGGUACAAUCUGUACCUGUCCAUCAAGUUCAUAGAUGGAAGUGAUCUGGAAAUGGAUGCAGACAGCAUUGAGGAAAAACACAAAAUUCUUCGCUUGCUUCAAGUGGUUUCAGAUAAAAAUCUGCAUAUAACCAGAGAAGAUGAGGAAGAAGAUGUAUUGGACUAUUCUUCCAACUUGAUCAAAUAUGAGACGGUUCUAAAGGAAGGUAUCCUGCAGAAAAAAUCUAAGUUUUCCCGUCCCUUUGGAAGUACCUUCUCGAAAAAAAUUGUUCAGAUCAAGAGAGGACAGUUGUCAUACAGCAAAAUUGGAGAAGAGCCCAAAGUUGUUCCUUUGACAGCAGAGAAAACGGCCAUCACCAAAGUUGGGCAUGAUACAUUUUGCGUGUUGAACAACACUAAUACUCUCCUGUUCCGCGUACCAUACUCUGGGUUGGGAAGCAAGGCAGGAGUAACUGAACACAGGGAUGACUGGGUCAAGGUAUUACUGCAGGCCUGUCAGAAUGGAGACAAUGAAAACCUCCAAGGGAAUGAAAACAAGUCGGGCACUGGCCUAGUGGUUUUGGUUCAGGAGCUUCUACAGGCAUUGAAUGGAAUUGAAAGAGAACUGAUUCAUGUCACCUCUAAAGAGAAGGUGACCAGUCUUAUGAGACUCGCCCAAACGCUGGAGCAGCAUGUGCAGCAUCUGCCACAAGGAGACACCAUGCAGCAACCCCCUACUGCAGACACAUACACCAGAGCAACAGUGGGAGACAUCCUGGAAUCCAUUCAGGAAGAUCCAAGCAAUAAUAGUUAUGAUGAAGAGUAUGACAGUGUUCAGACUGAAGCAAAUGGGAACCUAAGACCUGCAUCAGGUGACACUGAUGCUCACAGUUUUGGUGAUAACCAUGGGAGGAUUGUGAACUACAUGACAGAGAUCAGUUCUGAUUAUAGCUGUGUUGAUGAUGGUGAGGAGGAAGAUGGGGAACAGAAGGAUGGGGAGGAGGCAGGUGAGGAACGGUUGGAGGGUGAGGAGCAAGAGGAUGGAGAGGAGGCGGGUGAGGAACAGGAGGGUAAUCAUGAGGAGAAGGAAGAAGAGGGUGAUGAGAAAAAGGAGGAAGAUGGGGUAGAGGAGGACAGUCACCUUGAAGCUUUUUCUGUAGAUCCUUCUGCAAAAGCUCAUGUUAAAGAAGAAAUUCAGUAUACUGAUGAGGUACACCAAGGUUCAAACUCCAAAGAGCUUGUUUAUUCAGAAGAUUCAGAAAUUUCAGUUGCUGCCUCCAUGAGGGCUUUAUCUGACUUGUUACAAGAACUUGAUAAUGGAGAACAGUCUGCUGAAGAAACAAUGGCAGAGGGAUCUGUUCAGAAACCGGACUGUUCAAAUGAGGAAUGCCUUCCAUCUACCCAGUCUUCAACCCUUAUUACUGGUUCAGUUGACAGUGGACAAUCUCGGCACCCCACCACCUCUCCCACCCCCUCUGUGUGCCCCUCCACCCCCUCCCGGUGCCCCUCCUCCACCUGGUGGUCAGUUUAG